AUGACUGAUGUAUCAGAAGUGUCGACUUCCUCUCCAACUGAGCUGUUGGCGGCUGGCCGCAGACAUCUGGCUGUGAGAGAUUUCAGUGCGGCUGCCAGCACCCUAGCACAAGCAUGUGAAGGACUCGCUAAAGAACACGGAGACACUGCCGACCAGUGUGCAGAGGCUUACUUAUGGUAUGGCAAAGCCUUGCUUGGUCUGUCAAGAGAAGAGAGUGGUGUCCUCGGUGAUGGUGUGCCAGGAUCAGGAAAUGCUGAUGAGGAGGAAGAGGAUAAUGAUGAACAAGAAGAGAAUGGUGAAAAUGGCGAGAAUGGCGAUGCUGAGGCAGAAGCAGAAGCCGGAGAGAAUGAGAAAGAAAAUGGAGAAGUUGAGAAGAGCGAAGCAGAGUCUACAACUAAGGAUGAAGAGCCAGGCAGCAGUGCUGCUCCUGAAGAAAAUGAAGAGCCAGAAACAACAAACGGCGAUGCAGACGCUCAUGAUGAAUCUGUAAUGAAUGUGGAUGCUGAAGAUGAUGUUGACAAUCUACAACUUGCUUGGGAGAUGCUUGACUUAGCACGCAGCAUCUUGUACCGUCGCGUGCAGGACUGCGGCGGCGACGCGGCGCGCGCUCUGCUGGCCGACGUGCACCUCGCGCUCGGAGAGGUCGCGCUAGAGAGCGAGACCUACGACAAGGCGGUCACUGAUAUGCAAAGCUGUUUGGAUCUGCAAAAGGAACUGUAUCGUAGCGACGACAGGCGUAUUGCCGAGACACAUUAUCAAAUCGGUCUCGCUAAUUCCCUGGCAUCAAACUUCGAAGAUGCGAUUACACAUUUCAAGAAUGCAGCGAAUAUUCUCGAAACUAGAAUUAAAACCUUGGAGAACCCAGCUACUGUUACAGAAGACGCCACGGUCAAGAAAUUCUCGACUGCAGAUCCAUUCUAUUCCGUCGAGGGAGAAAUCAAGGAGUUGAAGGAACUUCUGCCUGAAAUACAGGAGAAGAUUCAGGAUAUGAUGGAUUAUAAGGCUGAGACGAUAAAACGAGUUCGCGAAACACUAUGUUCAGCGAACGGCGAAGGUGCAUCGACUUCCAAUGGUGCUGGACCCAGUUCUAGCUCGAGUUCCAGUUCUUCAGCGCCUAAACCAGCUGCCUCCGACAUUUCCCACCUUAUCAAGAGAAAGAGAAAGGCGAGCGAAGGAGAAGCAGACUCCUCGGCUGCAAAGAAGGCCAACACGUGA